AUGAUACAUGGACCGUGCGGUGAACUAAAUGUGAAUUCACCAUGUAUGAUUGAUGAAAAGUGUUCGAAACGAUACCCAAGGCAAUUUACUUCAGACACAAUAACGGGCAAUGACGGAUAUCCGUUGUAUCGACGUAGAUCACCUAAUGAUAAUGGCAAAACGGCAAUCAUUAGAAUGCAUAACCAGGAAAUUGAAGUUGAUAAUCGUUGGGUGGUUCCGUAUUGUCCAUUAUUAUCGAAAAUAUUUAACGCUCAUAUAAAUGUGGAAUAUUGUAAUUCUGUCAAGUCCAUUAAAUAUAUUUGCAAGUAUGUAAAUAAAGGGAGCGAUAUGGCUAUUUUCGGUGUUGCUGGUGAUAAUAGAAAUGAUGAAAUUACUCAGUAUCAAAUGGGUCGCUAUAUUAGUAGCAAUGAAGCUGUCUGGGGGAUUAUGUCGUUUCCAAUGCACGAAAUACAUCCUGCGGUUGUUCACUUGGCUGUGCAUCUUGAGAAUGGCCAACGUGUUUAUUUUAAUGUAGCAAAUUUGUUGGAAAGAGCAGCGCAACCCCCAGCAACUACGUUAACAGCUUUUUUCAAAUUAUGCGAAACUGAUACAUUUGCGAUAACUUUGUUAUAUUCUGAAGUGCCUCAGUAUUACACAUGGAAUGUGUCUUCGAAAAAAUUUGAAAGACGUAAACAAGGAACAGCAGUUCAUGGACAUCCUGGCAUUUUCCGAACAGAUGCAAUUGGCAAAAAAUAUACAGUACAUCCAAACAAUGUUGAUUGUUUUUAUUUGAGAUUGUUAUUAGUUAACGUGAAUGGCCCAAAAUCAUUUCAAGAAUUGAGAACAGUCAACGGUCAUUUGUGUGAAACAUACCGUGAAGCAUGCCAACUUUUGCAUUUGUUGGAGGAUGAUGCACAUUGGGAUUCAACACUCCAUGAUGCAUCUAUUUCGGCUCAUCCUCAACAAAUACGAAUGCUGUUUGCCGUUAUAUUAUCAACAUGUAUGCCAUCAAAUCCACUGGAAUUAUGGAGCAAAUAUAAACAUAAUAUUGCAGAAGAUAUUUUAAUUCGUAUGCGUCAUCAUGUAAGAAAUCCUGAUUUGUUGAUAACUUUGGAAAUGUACAACGAAGCUUUGAUAAUAAUUGAAGAUAUGUGUCUACGGAUUGCAAAUAAAACAUUAGUACAAUUGGGUAUGACCGCACCAAAUCGUGACAUGCAUGAUCUGUUUGAUCGUGAAUUGCAACGUGAGAAGGAAUUCAAUUCUAAUGAUUUUCGUUUAUUUGUACAAUCGAAUAUAACCAAAAUGAAUAUUCAGCAAAAACAUGUAUAG